CUCUCUCUCUCUCUCUCUCUAAAACUACUCUCUCUCUCUCUCUCUCGCCGUUAUACAUGGCUGAGGAACACGAGAAGCCUGCUGCCUCUGCCGUAGAGGCGCCGUGUGAGGUGGCGGUGGUGGAGUCGGAUGCCCCGCCUGCCGAGAAGUCUGUCACCGAGAAGGAAGCUGUACCGGAGCCCGAGGCGGCACCGGAGAAGCCUGCGGGGGUUGUUGAGGAGCCUGCCAAGGCCGAGGAGGAGAUUGAUCCUAAAAUCGUAGCUCAGUCGGUUUCGUUCAAGGAAGAGAGCUACGUCGUUGGUGAGUUGCCUGAGCCGCAGAAGAAGGCUCUCGACGAGCUCAAGCAGUUGAUCCAGGAAGCUCUCAACAAGCACGAGUUCACUGCUCCACCAACUCCGCCGCCGGUUAAGGAGGAGGAGAAGCCGGCCGUGGAGGAAGAGAAGAAGGAGGAGGAGAAAGCUGCCGAGCCUGAGGCCCCUGCCCCUGUUUGUGAAGCAGAGCCACCAAAAGCUGAGGAGGCCCCUGCCCCUGUUUGUGAAGCAGAGCCACCAAAAACUGAGGAGGUCAAAACUGAAGAAGCUCAAGAAGCUUGCAAGGCCGAGGAAGUGAAGCCAGAGGAGACCGUGGUUGUGGCCGAGGUGGUUGAGGCUGUUGCUAAAGUUGACGAUGACGGCGCCAAGACUGUAGAGGCUAUUGAGGAGACUAUAGUUGCUGUAGUCCCUGCUCCGGAGGCGGCGACUGAGGAGCCAGCUAAAGAAGCUGAGCCGGCAGUCGAGGCGACUCCGGCGGAGGAGCCGAAGACAGAAGCGGAAGAAGCCCCGGCUCCUUCGGUGGAGCCUGAGGAGGUCUACAUAUUCGGAAUUCCGAUCCUCGGUGACGAGCGCAGCGACGUCAUUCUGCUUAAGUUCCUGAGGGCUAGGGACUACAAGGUGAAGGAUGCCUUCACCAUGAUCAAGAACACGGUCAGGUGGCGCAAGGAGUUCGGGAUCGAUGCUCUGCUGGAGGAGGACCUUGGAAGCCACUGGGACAAGGUGGUGUUCACUCACGGUGUGGACAAGGAAGGACACUCUGUGUGCUACAACGUGUUUGGUGAGUUCCAAAACAAAGAGCUGUACCAGAACACUUUUACUGAUGAAGAGAAACGGUCCAAGUUCAUCAAGUGGAGGAUCCAGUUCUUGGAGAAGAGCAUCAGGAAAUUCGACUUCAACCCUACCGGAAUCUCCACCAUCGUUCAGGUCAACGAUCUCAAAAGCUCUCCCGGACUGUUCAAGAGGGAGCACAACCAGGUCACCAACCAGGCCCUUCAAUUGCUUCAGGACAACUACCCUGAGUUCGUUGCCAAACAGGUGUUUAUCAAUGUGCCAUGGUGGUAUCUUGCCUUCAAUAGAAUGAUCAGCCCCUUCCUGACCCAGAGGACCAAGAGCAAGUUUGUGUUUGCUGGUCCAUCCAAAACUGCAGAAACCCUAUUCAAAUACAUAGCUCCAGAACACGUGCCAGUUCAGUAUGGUGGUCUAAGCAAGGAAGGCGAGUGUGAAUUCACCACAGCCGACCCUGUCACUGAGGUUACUGUUAAACCAGCUUGCAAGCACACCGUCGAAAUUCCAGUUUCUGAGAGUGGUGUUCUUGUUUGGGAAGUGAGAGUGGUGGCUUGGGAUGUGAGCUACGGUGCAGAGUUUGUGCCAAGUGCUGAGGAUGGUUACACCAUCAUAUUGCAAAAGACUAGAAAGGUCGCCCCGACUGAUGAGCCAGUGAUCUCAAACAGCUACAAGAUCGGGGAGGCAGGGAAGGUUGUCCUCACCAUUGAUAACCAAAGUUCAAAGAAGAAGAAGCUCCUCUACAGGUCCAAGAUCAAGCCUGCCUCUGACUAAGAAAAAAGCAUGCUGAUGAAUUAGUUCUUCAUUCCUAGCUGUCUUGGGGGCCGACAUGUCCGAUCAAAUACAAGACAGCACAAAGUGCAGUAUUGCAGAAUAAACAGUGGGUUCUUUGCUAUUUUAAUACAGGGUUAAUUUUUUGUUCUUUUUGUUGUUGAUAUUUAUUUUCGUUUUUUUUUUUUUUAAUUGAAAGAAGAAAUCUGAGAUUCAUAUUUGUUUUAGUGUAUGGGGAGAAAUUAUAUUUGUUAUUCUGUUUUGGAGUUUCUGAUGGGGAAAACAUUUGACGUAUAUAUAUGUUUAGGGAUGGGGACAAUACAAAACUCUGUUUCUAUUCCUGAUACUCUUGCCUGUAAACUUUGUGUAAAUUUGGUUCGUACCUU